ACAAACUGGUUGAGGAGCAACUCCUGGAGUUUUUCUCCACCCCAGGGGGCAUUGACCACGUGGAUGCCAUCUGCUUGGUGGCCCAGGCCUUCCUUGCCCAUUCAACUCACAUCCAAAAACGUGUCUUGAUUCCAUGCUUUCCAUGUUGGGAAAAGACCUGAAGGAAAACAUCCAACUCCUCAUCACCUUUGCGGAUGGGGGGACCCCACCUGUCCUUGAGGCCCUCAAGGAGGCUCACCUGCCAUGUGCUCAGGAUGAGUCGGGAAUCCCUCUGCACUUCAGAUUCAACCAUUCAGCCCUCUUUGCUCCCCAAGAAAAUGGAGGAAGCCCGAAUGAUGUAGCCCAAAUGUUCUGGAAAAUAGGCACCAAGAGCAUGAAGGAUUUCUUUGACUCAUUAAAGAUGGUGGAGACCAAAAGUUUAACCUUUACCAUGGAGGUCCUCAAGGAACGUCAGGAGCUGGAAGCUGCUCUUAGAAGACCUCCCCCACCUAAAGUUGAGCAAGUGCACCCAAAUAAUUUCCAGAUCAGUAUUGAUCCAGCAGCCAUUGGGAAGCUUUCAGUUUCCAGGUGCCAGGCGGAAUAUCGGAUUGCAGAAGAGAAUUGGAAAAGUCGCGAUGUAAAUGACCCUAAGGAUCAAUUCACCCUUGAAGAUGUCCACCCAAAUCUUUGGUACCAAUUCCGAUGUGCAGCUGUGACUCAAGGAGGGCUCAGUCAACAGAGCGAGACGAUCACUUGCGUCUGUCCUAUGAGAAGGCCAGCUGAGAAAUCCCGGGUUUUGUGCUGUGCGACUGGUCUGGAAAUGCCUGGAAGCAUCGGAGGGCCUGAACGGAGGAUCGUCCUGGUGGGCGAAAGCGGAAGUGGCAUAAGUGCAACGGGAAACACAAUCCUGGGAAGCAAAGUCUUUCACUCUGGGUGGUCACCAAAGGUAGUACUAAGAGUAUGCCAGAAGGAGGAGACGCAGCUGAAUGGCAGGAAGGUUGUGGUUGUAGAUAUGCCUGGCUUUCUCCAUACCAGUCGUGCAGACAAGUAUAUUGCUACAGAAGUGAGAAAGAGCAUGAAGCUUUGCUCUCCGGAUCCCCACGUCUUUCUGCACGUCAUGCAUCCUUUGGGUUUCUUCCGGCAGAUCAAAACGUUUUUUGGCCAUAAAGCCACAAAUUACAAGAUCAUCUUGUUCACCGGCAAAGAUAGCCUGGAAGGUGAAUCUCUAGAAAAUUUUAUAUCUUCCAGAAAAGAAAAUCUGAAGGAAUAUAUUGCUGAAUGCGGGAACCGGUUCCUGGCUUUCAACAACUGGGCCGAAGGGGCGGAACGAGAGGCUCAGGUGGCCGAACUGAUGACCAUGAUCGAUGAUCUGGUGUGGAGGAACAGAUCUGCUCCUUGUUACACGGAAGACAUGAUGAACGUCAGCAAAAGACACAACUUCUGAUUGUUUCCCUUUCCCUCAGAGACCAGAAAGUCUCUCUAAUUCAGCCUCUCCUCCAGGGGUGAAAUCUAAAAAAAUUUGCCACCAGUUCUGUGGUCGUGGCUUGGUGGCCGUGGCUUGGUGGUCGUGGCUUGGUGGUCGUGGCUUGGUGGUUAUGUGACUGGGUGGGCAGGGCCUACAUGACACCAAUCACAUCAUUCUUUCUUCUCUUUCUCUCUCCCUUUCUUUCUCUUUCUUUCUUCUCUCUCUCCCUUUUUUUCUUCCUUCCUUCCUUUCUCUUUCUUUCUUCUCUCUCUCUUGUCAGCCCCGCUUCACCAGGGCUGCCAUUCUGGCGGGGACGGCAGCCGACGGAGUCAACCACUCCACAUUCCAGCCAUUCGGGAAGCCUCACCCUGACUCCACUUGCUAGCCCUGCAUCCUGUCACUCGCUGGUGGCUCCCUCUCCUCGCUGAUUCUGAUCUUGCGUGAUAUUGCAGUGCAGUACUUUAGGCCUCGGUUCUUUGCGAACUGAAGCCUGCACAAGAAUGGAGGA